AUGUCGUCCUACACCAACAUCCCCCUCUCAGCCUCCACCGCUGAUGGCCGCGACUCCCUCGAACUAGCCUCCCUCGCCUCCUCAUCGCCCUCCCGUCGUUCUUCCUCCUCCUCUCCAUCCCUUUCUUCGUCUCGUCGCCUGUCUGCCGAACUAGCUACCCACGAUGACCCCCUCACUUUAGAUAUAGAUGACCAUGCCUCUGGUCCUUCUCGUCCUCCCCGUCAACGUUCUUAUUCUGUCGGAUCCACUUUUGAUUUCAAUGCUCAUCUCUUCCCGCUAAGCGCCUCCGCCUCGGACCCUCUUUACCUUUCCCUAGACCCCACAACAAACCGCGGUUCGUCCCAGAAUCUCGAAAAACAAAAGUCAAUAACGUACCUUAACGGUCUAUCUCUGGUGGUGGGUCUGCAGAUAGGCUCCGGUAUUUUUAGUUCUCCUGCUCAGGUCAAUUCCAACGCCGGAUCACCAGGUGCUGCUCUGUUAAUAUGGCUGUUAUCGGGGAUAUUGGCUUGGACCGGUGCUUCGUCCUAUGCAGAACUGGGAGGUGCUAUUCCGCUGAGCGGAGGCGCUCAGGCGUAUCUACAACAUAUAUUCGGUGAUUUACCGGCAUUUUUAUUCGCUUGGGUCGCCGUGGUGGUUAUGAGACCUGGGUCUGCUGCUAUUAUUUCCAUUAUUGCUGGAGAGUACUUGGGAUCUGUGUUUUGGGGGUCUCUGACGGAAGAUGCUGAACCUCCACCGCAGCUUGCGGUUAAAGCUCUAGCGUUGGCAGGGAUGUGGAUGAUUACUAUUUUGAAUUGUUUGAGUACUAAAGCUGGAACCAGGAUGGGAGAUGUGUUUUUAUUGAUUAAACUUAUAAGUUUGAUGGCGAUUACAAUUAUUGGUAUUGUGGUUGCUAUUACGGGAUUCAGUGUUAAGCCUGGUGGGCCGUCGAUGGAGUGGAAGAUGGGGAACUGGUUUGAGGGGAGUAGUAGAGACCCUGGAGCGUACGCCGUGGCAUUGUACGCCGGGCUCUGGGCCUUUGAUGGGUGGGAUAACGUGAAUUAUAUUACGGGCGAGAUGAAGAACCCGGCACGAGACCUACCGAGAGUGAUCCACUCGGCCAUGCCUCUGGUUAUAUCCUGUUACCUUCUGGCGAACAUUUCAUACUUUUUCGUAUUACCUUCGUCGGUGAUCGCCUCAUCGACAACCGUUGCGUUGUCUGGGGGCAUUAAACGCCACGACAUUUACAUCGGGAAGACUGGUGUACGUUGCAGGAAAACAGGGAUACCUGCCCAAGAUAUUUGGAAGAUUGGGGAUAAGAUCGAUGUCGAAUUCGGUAUCAGCGUCGACUACUACGAUUAG